AGAGCCGAGAUCAAACAUGGAGUUUGUAGUCGCGGAAAUUUCAAAACUGUUUCAAAUUCUGACAAUAUUUACCAUAUUGGUAUUAAUUUACAAACUAUAUAUAAUCGUAGACACUGAUUUUUAUUAUUACACAUAUUCAGGAGCCCCUCCAUUAUGGAAAAUGAUGUUUAAAGCUUUUUAUAGGAGCUUAUGCAAAAGUUUACAAAGUGAAAGAUUUGAAAACUUUGCAAACGAGGAUGAGGUUCAAAGUCAAGUUCAAAGAUUGUAUCCAGUGGUUGCGAGGAACUGCAGAAUUGAUGAAAACAAUUUGAUGCAAUACAUGAGAAUUUGUGGCACACUACAAGAAUCAAAACAGAGAAUUCCAGCUUGCUAUUUGGAGACACUUUUUCUUGGACCAAUAUUUGAGUUAGUCUCUUCAAAAAACUUCCUAUUCAGUCCAUUAGGGUUAAUCCACAUGAAGCAAACCAUCACAGUGCAUCGGUCAUUAGAUGUCCUCCUCACCCAGCCAUUUGACCUGCAAGUAGCUCUCACACAGUACACUCAUACAGAUAGGGGCAUUGAGACCACACUCAAACUAAAGGUGCUGGAUAAGUCAGAAGUGUGUGUAUGGGAAGGAGAUGUGGUGUUCCUAACUAGGAAUAAACAUUCUAGUCAAAGUGGAGGACAUAGGAUUAGGAACCAGACUGCAGAAGAAGAGGGCAGCUGUGUUGAGGUUCAUGUUCCCAGUAAAACCGGUGUGGACUACGCUCAUGUGUCAUCAGAUUGGAAUCCCCACCACCUGUGGACCUGGACUGCCAGACCAUUAGGGUACAAACAGCCUAUCGCACAUGGAAUGUGGACUCUGGCAAGAACCAUGGCAGUUCUUGGUUCAUCAGAUAUAACUGUGAAGCCACCAUA